UAUUUGCCGCAACAACAGUGGGGCGCCGUCGGCGACAACUAUAGCGGCAACGACAGCAGUAGCUAACGGUAACGGUUACGCAGAAAGUAGCGAAGUCAGCAAAAAUCGUGGACUCCGCAUCGAAAUCGCAUUCAGAAUGGCGACCGUUUUAAGUACAUAAAGCGCAUUUCGCAUUGGCGUGCAGUAGUGACGGUAAAGGAAUCGGUCAAGAAUAUACAGAACCCGCUAGUUCUUGUUAUUGUUGUUGUUGUUAUUGUUGUUUUAAAUGGAGUGUGUUGGAAUGCAUAAAGUGUUUAAGUGAAGUGCUCCUCAAACUUUGGACGCGAAGAAAAGGCCAACAACCGUUAGUUAUAUGUAUAUGCAACAACUGGAUACGGAUACUUUCGACAAUCUUUAAGCACAACCAAACAGCCAGUUAAGUAGCAUGCAACUUUUCCUGGCUCUUCUCCCAUUCCUAAUCAGUACUGCACACUGUUGGCAGUUUGAUGGCGGAGGCAAUAAUAGUACUGAUACUGGAUUCAAAAGUGGUCCUGCGACUGAAGGUAGAAGACAUCUUCGAAUUGCAAGGAAUAUAGCACAAGCAUCGUCCCGCGGUCCGCCCCCAAUGAGAGAAUCAACAGUGCUGCUCAACAGUCAGCAACAGGACCUGCUUUACGCCUGUCCUCUAAACUCGAUGUGUCAGUGUGCUGGCCUACCUAACGAUACAUCGACACUGAUUGAGAUAAAUUGCAAUGAGGUGACGCUCUACAAAUUUCCAGAGUUUAUACACAGCAGCGUACGCUAUAUCGAAAUGUCAAAUACGCAUCUACAGAGCGUUGAUGACGAAACAUUCCAAGGAUUGCGAUUGAAGACACUAAAGCUAAUCGACAAUGAGCUGCAAGAUAUAUCCGAGCGCAGUUUCAGCACGAUGACUUAUUCGCUUAUGACGCUGGACAUAUCGGGCAAUAAGAUGCAAAAGUUACCAUUGCAAGCUUUACAAAAGCUGCAUUCACUCACUCGACUAGUCGCCCAACGCAAUUACAUUACUUCCUUGGAUGGCAACUGGGAAGCCCAAUAUGAUACUUUGCGUUCGCUACAUCUUGCUGGCAACGACAUAACGGAAGUCACACCUGCUGGAAGUCUAGACUUAGUAUCAAAUAGUGGCGAUAACAGUACACAGCCAUCAAGCUUGACAGUGCUGCAAACUCGGUUGGAUACAAGCAACACUGUAUUUCCAGCAAUUUCUACGACUCUAGAUCGAUCAGGGACUCGUACCUUUGAUCAGCUGCAGAAAUUGCUUUGGCUAGACUUGUCCAACAAUCGUAUAAUGCACGUUUCUUCAAAUUAUAUGCCACGUUCGCUGGUAACUAUGGAUCUAUCCAGCAAUCUAUUAAGUGUUUUUCCUCAACAAUUAUUCGAGCGGUUGCCAGAAUUACGCAUUGUGAGUCUGCGGGAUAAUUUGCUACGAAGCUUACAGUGGAAGGAAAUACCGGGGCACCCAUUGCGCAUGCAUUUAGAAAAGUUAGAUCUCGGACAAAAUUGCAUUGAGAGCUUGGAAUCGGAUUACUUUCACCAAAACUAUUCAGAUGUUUACAUUCGGGCACUUAACAUGGAACAAAAUUAUGUCGCCGAGGUGCCGGCUAGAGUAUUUCAAAACACUGGUAUUGUGCAUCUCGUGCUAGCAUUUAAUGUUAUUGGACGUGUCCAUCCCGCAGCAUUUGAUGGUCUAACUGAUACAUUAGAAUACUUGGAUUUGGAACGUAAUCGGCUCAUCACUGUACCUGUUUCUAUAUCCGUGCUGCAUCGGCUCAGAUAUUUGUAUCUGACUUCUAAUCAGAUCAAUCAAUUAACCAACUUACCAUCGUAUACGGAUAAUUUGAAAGUUUUAAGCCUAAGUGGUAAUAACUUUACAAUGAUACCAGUAUUAGGGCUGAAAAAUUAUACGCAAUUAUCUUACUUAAAUAUGGGCUACAACUCUAUAACUGAUAUUCCAGAAGGCAUCUUUGCUGUCGAUGGCUGGGGUGCAAAUCUGCAGACAAUUCUUUUGCGAAACAACAAGAUCACUCACAUUCAUCUGGGAUCAUUUUCAGGUUUGGAACGAUUACAAGAGAUCAGUCUAAGCUUCAAUGACAUAACUAUUCAUCAUCCAUUGGUUUUUGAGAAUGUUUCGCAUACACUUAAGAUUCUGGAACUCUCUUUUGCGGUUUUUCCAGCAAGAAGCUUUGAAUCUUUGGAUCCGUUAGCUGCCCUCCAGCCACUGACACAGCUUAUUUGGCUUGGUCUCGAUAACAACAAUCUUAAGACAAUUUCAAAUGAAAGUUUUGCUCGCAUGCGAGAACUAAGCUAUAUCAAUUUAAGUUUUAAUCAACUUAAGACAUUGCCGCGUGGGCUCUUUCUACCAGAUAUUCACAGCCAUAUAGUUGAGAUUGAACUUUCGUACAAUGUACUGGAACAUUUGGAGUCACAGACUUUUUACAACUUGGGAGAUUUACAAACCCUCAAUCUACAGUCUAAUAGACUGCGCAGCAUAGCCCGGCAUGCCUUUCACAACAUGGAGUUCCUACGAUACAUCGACCUGUCCCACAAUCGUCUUAAUAAUAUAUCUCACUCUGCCUUCGCCGUUCUACCAAAUCUGGCUGCUCUAGAUGUCAUGUAUAACCAGCUGUGUUCGUUUUCAUUGAAGUCCUUUCACUAUGUAUCCAAUGCAACGACACCUUUGAGACUUAAUGCAAGUCACAAUCACAUCUCCAUCUUUGAUGAUGAGCUCAGCAGUUACAUGUAUAUAUAUCAAGUGGAUAUCAGUCAUAAUCAUGUGUCUAAGUCGGAUAGCUUUACUAAUCUAGCGAAUACACUACGCUUCCUCAAUAUGGCACACAAUGCCUUAGGCACCUUGCAGAGCCACGCCUUUGGGGACUUGGAGUUUCUAGAGAUACUAAACAUAUCAUACAAUAAUCUAAGUUCGCUACGCCGACGCAGUUUUCAGGGCUUAAACAGUCUACAGGAGCUCGAUCUAAGCCACAAUCAACUUGAUCAGUUGCAAGUGGAACAGUUCUCUAAUCUCCGUAAGCUGCGUGUUUUGCGCAUCUCUUCAAACCGAUUACGUGCGCUGCCUCGAGAGGUAUUUAUGAAUACUCGACUGGAGUUUCUUGAUAUAUCCGAAAAUCAGCUUAGCGUUUGGCCUGUACCAGCGUUUACAGACAUCGGUUUUACUUUGAGAUCCAUACAGAUGUCGCGAAACAAUUUGGAGUACUUGGAUGCUUCCAUGUUUGUCAACUCACAGUUCCUGUAUGAUAUUUCUUUGGCUCGCAAUCGCAUCACAAUUCUGCCAGAUAAUACUUUCAGUUUUCUAAAUAAUCUGACUAAUCUGGAUCUCUCGGAGAAUCCCCUAGUUACCACCAAUUUGCGUGAGGUAUUUGUGCACACGCCUCGAGUUCGAAAAUUGAGUCUUCGUCAUAUGGGGCUCUACGUUUUGCCACCGCUGAAGCUACCCCUCCUGUCAUACUUGGAUGUCAGUGGCAACUAUUUACAAGAACUGUCACCAAUGGGAGUCCUCCGACAUCUGCGUCAUGUGAAUAUCUCCUACAACAAAAUCGUUAAUGCCAGUUGUGCCAUUGAUCAUUUGCCUUCCUCGGUGAGAGUCCUCGAUGUGGCCCACAAUCCACUAAGACGCAUCACUCUGCAGGAUUUAUCAAGUCUGCGUCAUCUGUCCGAGCUUAAUCUGCUGGAUGUAAAGAUAACCAAUCCACAAACAUUCUCCAAGCUGCGAUCACUUCGAAAGCUGCACGUCAGCGCGCAUGGAAAUCUGGGCGAAAUUGUGUCUAGGUUGCCUGGUCUUCAAGUUCUACGGGUGCAUUGUCUGGAGCCAAAUAUUGGAGGACAGCUCUUGGCCAAAUUGACGAACAAUACCAAACUGCAACUGGUGGAGCUCUAUGGGAACAAUGUGCAAACGAUUUUUCCUGAUGCGUUUGCGGGACUCUCGCGUAAUCAGAGAAUCCAAGUGAAGAUCUCGCACACAAGAAUUUCGGAUCUACCUCCAGGAAUUUUCCAUACCCUUCGGGAGGUGCCUCACCUUUCUAUUGAUAUAUCCCAUAACCGCAUCAAUGCCUUAGCCGCUGAUAGCUUCUAUCCGAACAAAAGUUAUUGGGAUAUGGUGGGCACACGCAGCAUUAUGGGUGGACUUAUCACUUCUCAUAAUCCUCUCGACUGCGAGUGUGGGUUGGUUUGGUUCGGACAUUGGUUACGUCGCUGGUUGCGCGAAUCGGCACAAAUCAAAGUAAUUCAGAAAGAUGACCUUAAGCGAAUGGUCCAGUUACCCCUAUCGACUGCCGAUAUGCGAAAAGCCCGUGCCAAUACUUGUCGUGAUCCUUCUUCGGGUCAUCAUCUACCCAUUCUGGAGAUCUUUCCCGAAGACCUGCUCUGUCAGGCUAGCGCAUUAAGCAGCUCAGGACAGCGCAUUUUUCAUUUCAUUUUUUCAUUUACAUUGUCACUUUCUUUGUUCAUCAUAAUUCUUUGAUGUGCCCCAUACAUACUGGACUUGGCGAAGUAAGUCUUAAUUUGGCUGCCUUGAACUGAAUGAUAACGAAGAAUGAAAAUGUAAAUGAAAAUGUAAAUAAAAUUCAGCAUAAUUGCACUUGGAAUUAGAUUAUGAACCCUUACAAUAAAAAAAAAAAACAGCAAAUCGGUUUAUGUCCACUCCACUAUAUGAUGUAAGUUAUAUAAUGUCAUAUGUAUAGGGAUGCAAAAAAUUGAGAUCCAUAAAUUAUGGCCGCAGGUAGAAAACGCAUUGCGAUGUUUCGAUAAAUUACGGUAUCUAAGAUAUUUUAAUAUUUAGUGGCAUAAGAUUGAUGCGAUCAAGCGGAUACAUCUGCAUAUCCUUUGAUUCAAGUCACAUAAUACAUUUAAGUGAAAAAUAAAUUGCAUAUUUUUUCAGCAUUGAAGAAUUAUUUCUUUGAAAAUUAAGUCGA